UUUUAGUAAAAGAUGCUGUCUACAGGAUCUGACGCACCGUACUGGAUCACGGUGUUUGUAUCGGCGGUUGGGACAUGGCUGGUUUUCGCGCUGGUGCCGGCGAUUCUGGACAGGUCCAUUGUCUCAAGGCGGUACAACAGUCUACCUGUGGGCGAGCGGAAAAAGAUCCAGAAAUGCGCGGCCUCGUUAUGUGCAGCCCUGGUGGAAGGGACAAUCUCAGGGUAUAUUUUUUUCUUCCGGUCGGACAUCGGGCCAGACCAUGUUCGAUAUGACUGUUUCUUACUUCGACACAACGUCGGCAUCUUUUUAGGUUAUACCAUAGCAGACACUCUCCUGCUUUUGCUAACGCCGGAAUUUACAGGGGUCAAUGACCUCUUGCUCCACCACGCUGCGGGUCUCUUCAGCGGCUAUGCUGGGCUGACCUACCCGGUUUUCCCGUACUUCAUCAAUCUUUAUCUGCUGAUGGAGAUUUCCAACCCAAUGCUGAACCUCAGGGUUAUACUUGAUGUUAUGGGCUACAAGAAGUCCAGUCUGUACAUGAUCAACAGUGUCGUGUGGACCGCAGCCUUCUUUCUCGCUCGGAUCGUCACCAUUCCCCUAUUCUGGUACCACGUGGCCGUAAACGCUUCAAGAACGCUCUUCCAACAAGAAGUUGCGAUUAUUCUGACUGGUUUGGUUCUCAUGCCCAUAUUCAACGUUAUGAACAUCUUCUGGUUCGUCAAGAUUCUACUAGGGGCAAGAAAAAUUCUCAAGGAUCGUCAUAAUCAUAGUUAA